GGAUCAUCAUCCGCGACACACACCCAGCUCUGCCUGCUGCCACACCGGAGAUCACGGAGACCGGACCGGCUGCAGUCGCGGUGAAUACAGAGCACAUUCGGUCCGGAUCUGAUGGCAUUGCUCGGGAUGUGGAGUCUGCAGUAACGGAGAGAUCAGGGAAGAGGAAUCUCCCCCUUCCCAGGAGUCCUUGUGUCUCUGGAUUACCUUCAGCUGAGCGAGCACACACAAAGGUACACACGCGCAGUGCAUGAUCUUCUCUGGAACACACUGACCCCUCACUUCAGUGACCUCCAGCAUCUCCACAGCCUCCCCGACCCGACCCGACCCGACUCCUCUCGGUCCUGCCCCUUAGCAACCGUUACCAUGGCAGCAGCCAAGCCCAAAGGCCAGAACUCGCUGGCUCUCCACAAGGUGAUCAUAGAGCAGAUUCUGCGGGUGAAGGAAGACGAGAACGUCCCCUUCCUGCUGGUGGGGAAUAAGUCGGAUCUGGAGGACAGGAGACAGGUGAGCGCAGACGAGGCCAAAGCCAGAGCGGAUCAGUGGGGCGUGUGCUACGUGGAGACGUCUGCUAAAACCCGCGCCAAUGUAGACAAGGUUUUCUUUGACCUCAUGAGGGAAAUUCGCGCUAGGAAGAUGGAGGACAGCAAGGAAAAGAACGGAAAGAAGAAGAGAAAAAGUCUGGCCAAACGAAUCCGUGAAAGAUGUUGCGUUUUAUAGUGUCUGCGAUCAUUUACUCUCCUCCUUUGCAUAUGUACCGAAUCAGAGGCAGCUAGAAGAACAGGACCGAGGCUCUCGAUGGACGUCAGCCGCAUGUUUAAGAGGUUUGCAUCCUUGCUAUUGGACGAUGACAGCAAAUUAGUUGUGGUGUGGAGUAUGAUGACAAUCUUAUGCUUUUCAUAUGUGAUAUGAAAAUCCAAAACGUAUGGAUUUGGACGGCUUGUGCGCUCCUGCCCCACGGUUCCAGUCUUAACCAUUUUAAUGUAUAUCAAUCCAAUGAGUUUUUUUUUUCAUCCUGCUUUUCUGCUUUUUUUAUAUAUGUAUUGUUAAUGUGAAAGCUUAUUUCAGCCAUUUCAAAAAAAAAUAAAUUUUUCUAAUUUAAAUGCGCUUUAUUGUUCACAAGAAUGUUAUUUAUAUUCAGUACUAACUUUUAUUCCCAUUAUACCUCUGUAUUGUAUGGAAGCCCAUUUCCGCCAUAAAAAA